GCGCUGCAUUGUGGGAAGGCAGGGAGAUGGCGGCCGCGGGAAGGCGGGCUCCGCUUGGGCUGGCGAGAGGCUGGCGGCGGCUCGAGGGGCUCCGGGCCAGCAGCCUGGGUUUUCGCAGCCUGAGUCUUGCGACCGCACCCUCGAACCGCGGCUCUCCAUGGCACCUGUUAGGCGCGUUGUGCCUGCAGCGGCCACCACUGGUGUCGAAGCCGCUGACUCCUUUGCAGGAAGAGAUGGCGGCUCUACUACAGCAGAUCGAGAUAGAGAGAAGCCUGUAUUCAGACCAUGAGCUUCGUGCUUUGGAUGAAGCCCAGCGACUGGCAAAGAGGAAAGCUGACCUCUAUGAUGAAGAAGACGAUGAGAAGAAUAUAUUGCUGGUACAGGAUUUGGAAGAUAUGUGGGAGCAGAAAUUCCUAGAGUUCAAACCUGGAGCUCGCAUCACAGAAGCCGAUAAAAAAAAUGACCGAACCUCCCUGCACCGGAAGCUAGACAGGAACCUCGUUCUGUUGGUCAAAGAGAAGCUGGGAGACAAGGAGGUUUGGCUGCUGCCCCAGGCAGAGUGGCAGCCUGGGGAGACCCUUCGAGGAACAGCUGAGCGAACCCUGGCCACACUCUCAGAAAACAACAUGGAAGCCAAGUUCCUGGGAAAUGCACCCUGUGGCCACUACAAGUUCAAGUUCCCCCAGGCAGUACGGACAGAGAGUAACCUCGGGGCCAAAAUAUUCUUCUUCAAAGCACUGCUACUAACUGGAGACUUUUCCCAGGCUGGGAAGAAGAGCCAUCAUGUGUGGGUCAGUAAGGAGGAGCUUGGCGACUAUUUGAAACCCAGAUACCUGGCCCAGGUGAGGAGAUUUUUGUUGGACUACUGAUGGACUGAGCUGCUGUGGACAGUGCCCGGACAAUUGUGCGAUUUGGGUCUCAAGGACGUUUGUGGGUGCCCCAUCUGUGCAGGGAAUAUCAAGCAGCAAACUAACUGAGAAAUAAAUGAGUUUAUCCUUG